AGGAGCAGAACCCCAGACGUAGCCGGAGGCUUUCAGAGUAAAGACGUGCUGCUGACACAGACCACCACAGCUGCCCACUGACCAGCGGAUCUAAGAGAAUGCGUCUACCAAGUUCUACAGACAGGAGGAUGGCGCUGUGGCUUCCAGGAGGGCAGCUCACCCUGCUGCUGCUGCUGUUCUGGGUCCAGCAGACAGCCAUCGGGAGCGCUGAGGCUGCUCUUAAGGUCGAUGUUGACUUGACACCAGAUUCCUUUGAUGACCAGUACCAAGGCUGUAGCAAACAGGUGGCAGAGGCGCUAAAUCGAGGAGAUUAUUUCAUGAAGGAAAUAGACACUCAUAAGUAUUACUCCAGAGCAUGGCAAAAAGCCCACUUAACCUGGCUGAGCCAGGUGAAGCCCCUCCCCGAGAGCAUGGCCACUGUGCAUGCUGUGGCCAUCUUGGUUUUCACCUUGAAUCUCAAUGUGAGCUCUGACUUUGCCAAGGCCAUGACCAGGGCUGCGGGGUCUCCUGGGCAGUACAGACAGUCAUUCCACUUCAAGUAUCUGCACUACUACCUCACCUCAGCCAUCCAGCUGCUGAGGAAAGACAGCUCUACAAAGAACGGCAGUCUGUGUUACAAGGUACACCACAGGAUGAAGGAUGUGAACACUGAAGUCAGUGUAGGUUCCACCAUCCGAUUCGGCCAGUUCCUUUCUGCCUCCCUGAUAAAGGAAGAGACACAGGUGUCUGGAAACCAAACACUGUUUACUACUUUCACUUGUCUGGGUGCCUCUGUGCAAGACUUCUCUCUCAGGAAGGAAGUCUUGAUCCCCCCCUAUGAGUUAUUUGAAGUCAUAAGUAAGAACAGCACCCCCAAAGGAGAUUUGAUAAACUUGCGGUCUGCUGGGAACAUGAGCACAUAUAACUGCCAGCUGCUAAGAGCUUCCGGCGAGAUGCUCACGCCUGCUCCAAUGAUCAUCGUUUGCUUCUCCUUGGUCACUGUUGUCAUCUCGUCCAAGAACAGAGAGCAAAGGAAUCUACUGUCUUCUUUUUAAAGUCUACUUAGACUUUUUGCUCCUGUGUUUGUUACCAGAAUUGGAGGCCCACACUCCCCACCAUACCACAGAAGAUGUGAGACAGAAAAGUUUGUGGGGGAAAAACAGCCCUAAGUUCCAGUCCAGCCCUAACUAAGACAGAAGACAGUCUGAAAUCCCUACCUAACGGGGUCUGUGUCGGCUACUUUUUCCUGUUGCUGUCACCGAAACCAAUCACAGAAGCUCAAAGUUCAGGAGGAAAGCGUCACUUGAUUUAUA